AUGGCGAGCAGACUCGCAAGAAGUGCUGUCAACGCGACAAGACUACGACCCUCCCUCCUCCCGUCCUCCCGCAUCGCCGCUCCCACUCUCUCUGUUCCUGCCCAGCAGCGCUAUGAGAGCAAUGUCCCUCAACCACAACAGGAUCCGAAAAAGACUGCCCAGACGAUCAUCGAUGCCUUGCCCGGCAGCAACUUGGCGUCAAAAACCGCGAUUCUGAGUGCCGGCACCGGUGUCUCUGUUUGGGCCAUCUCCAAUGAACUAUAUGUCGUAAACGAAGAGUCGAUCGUCAUGUUCUGUGUGUUGACUGUAUUCUACGGUAUCUUCAGGUACACUGGUCCUAUGUACAAGGAAUGGAGUGAAAACACUAUUGGUCGUAUCAAGGAUAUCCUGUAUACUGCCAGAAAAGGACACGCCGAGUCUGUCAAGGCAAGAAUUGAGGACGUGAAGCCAUUGAGCAACGUGGUCGAGAUUACCAAGGGUCUUUUCGAGGUUUCAAAGGAAACUGCCCAGCUUGAAGCCCAAGCAUACGAGCUUGAACAGAAAACUGCCCUUGCCACAGAAGCCAAGAACGUUUUGGACAGCUGGGUUCGAUAUGAGGGCCAAGUCAAGCAGCGACAGCAGAGGGAGCUAGCUGACACUGUCAUCGCCAAGGUCAACAAGGAGCUCGAGAACCCUAAAUUCUUGCAGCAAAUAUUGACUCAGAGCGUGGCUGAUGUUGAAAAGGCUUUGAGUCAGAAGGCUAGCACAUAA